AUGAAUGUCGAACCUCCCUCGGCCACCUCGAGUUCUGCCGGGUCGGGCGCACCACCCAGCCAACGCAAGGAAAGAGGUGCCAUCGCAGCACAGGUAGGCCUACCCGAAAAUCCUGUUGUUCGUUGUCUUAUGCAGUUGCGCGCCGACGACAAGCCAAUCUCACGGGAGCAGGCUGCUCGCCCUCGGCUGACGAUGGCAUGCAGUGUCGUGCCUGCGAAACGUGUCGCAGUAGAAAACAGAAAUGUGACGAAGCCCGACCGAAGUCCCACAAAAAAAGACAAAACGUUAUCUGAGAUUCUAGACCGUCUGAAGCUCAUCGAAGGAAAGGUUGACCAACUGGGGUUUCAGCAAGUGCAUCCUUCACCAUAUGAACCCUCGCAGCGCAGCCAAACCCGCCCUGCACCUGCGCAGGCAGGCGGAGGCAGCGGGGACUCUGUACCAACUACAGCCUCCAUUCGGCCCUCAGGCCAAACAAGUCCCACGCCGCAAAAGCCUCAGCCUUACAAGUAUGUUUCGGCCGUGCAUAAGCUUAUGGCGUGGCCCGUAGUGCGCCAGGUUCUUGAUUCGGGACAGACUGAGAUUCCCAAUCUCCACGCCGUGAUCCAGGAUCGUGAUCCCCCCCUUGAACUCCUCGAACAGCAAAGAAGCCGGCGAAAGCUGGCCACUGAUGGGAUGGAGGGUCUCACGAUGGAUGAUAGAGCCUUGCUGGGCCUUCGAGUUGAUGCGCACAGAAACCCAACGGUUGUCCGACUAUCAGACCUAGACUGGCCCACGGUGGAGACUCUUUCCAAAGCCUAUUUCGACACAUUCAACUUCAUAUACCCGAUCAUGGACCGACAGGCUUUCAAUACGACCAUACUCACCUCUGUUGUCGAAAAUGGGUUCAACGAAGGUGUGGCGUCGACCUUGGUGUGCCUGGUCUUUGCCCUUGGCGCGGUUGCCCUCGCAGACUCGCAAAACAUGCCGUUCAUGCGGUACAAGGGACAGAUGGGGAGACCGCCAGAUCGGGCAGCCGAUCGACCGCCGGGGCUGGCUUUUUUCAACGAAGCGAGGAAAAGACUGGGCUUCUCCAUGGCAGAGUGCAGCUUGGAGAGCGUGCAGAUACACGCUCUGGCCGGACUGUACUACGAAAGCUGCUCGCGACAUCUGGAGUUUUGGCGGAUGACCAUUUCGGCUUCCAUGGCAUGCCAUGCCUUGAUAUCUGCGAACCCAGGGGAACUGGAAUCACCUCGCCUUGACCUUAUCCGCAGAGUAUUUUGGCACUGCUCGAUCAUGGAGACAUACCUCAACCUGGAAUUGGAAAUCCCUCUGACAGGGCUCGACAAGCUGGAAGGCAAGGUUGGGCUUCCAGACUUUAGCGGUCCUUUUUGUGAAGCAGACUACCUGGGCAACCAAGAGUCGCGAUUCCAAGAGCACUUUGCAUCGCAAAUUGUCCUCCGACAACUGUCCGUGGGCUUCCACGACACCAUGAGAGAUGCCACCGGCCCCACAGCGCCGCCCAUGCCGUUCCCACCUCCCGACCGCCAGACUCAGCCGUCCGAAGGCUCAAACCCGGUGAUUACGACCAUCAACCACCUAGCAUACCAGUUGGAUCAGUGGCGUGCCUUGCUGCCCGUGCACCUGCGGUGGAGUGACGGCCAGGCCUCCGCUUUCUCAACACCCAUACCUGACCUCUUCACUCAAGGCGGCAUGUACCCACCCCAACAGAUGCAGGCCAUGUUCACUGCCGACAUCUCGUCGCCGUCGGCACCCUACCCUUACGCCACGGAUGUGCAAGUCGCCAUGCUCCGUACCCGGUAUUACUACACAAAGUACCUGCUCUACCGACCAGCCAUUUACAAGGCCCUCCACCAUACCAAUAUGCUCAGUACCGAUGACGCCAAGGCCGUUGCUGAGUGCUUGAAGGCCUCGCUCAAGUGGCCCAUCAUCAUGGCCCCCACCUGUCACCGGAAGCGACUUGUGCCUUGCCUGUUUUUCUGGACGCAAAACCUGCUUGGUGUCCUCAUUCUCUUACACCUUUCACAGCAAGUGCCGGUCCUAUCCAACAUUCGGGCUCGCUUCUGCGACAACACCUUCGACAUGGAUGCCACCGAUACAGUCAACUUGUCGAUUGCCUGGAUUCGUGACCUCAAAGACGUUGACGCCACAGCUGAAUGGUGCUGGAACGUGCUUCGAGGGAUGUACCGCCUGGACGAUUAG